CAGUCUUUUGUGGGUCUGACGUCACCACGUCUUAUCAAAAUGGCUGCCAUCCUCCGCUCAAUCAACGGCAUCAAGAAACUCGCAAGAUUUCUCUUUUUUACACUUCUAUUUUCCAUUUGUACGUGUAGAAAACACGAGUUAAGACUUCAGAACGAAGAAAGAAAGUCAUUUGAGCUGAGUAAGUUUGGGUUCUUAAAGGAUGGUUAUCUCAGAGUUGAAGUCAGCAAAAUGGUCUACAAGGAUCAACAGAAUGUCCUCAAAAGCAGCGAGCUUUCAAGAAAUUUUGGGUUCUCAUUAGAGAAAACUGCAAGCGAUGGAAUAUCACCUUAUAUGGAGCAGCAUGCCGAGCAGUGUAUACUGCAUGAUGUCUCAAGCUUUCAAAACCAUAUCUCAGUGGCAGUGUUCAUUUUUGAUCUCAAGAACAAAAGAAUUGUUGUCAACAAAUACGGGUCUGACUUUGAUAACCUCCGCAUUGGAACAGACAUUUCAUUUGGUCUAGAACUUGACAUUGAUAAAACAUUCCAAAAAGAGGUGAAGAAAACAUCAGGUUCAAGUAAAUCAAGUAAUGGAACACAGGGAGGAAAUGAAAAUAAGAAAAGGAAGGAAAAUUUGUCAACCACAACAACAAACACAUCACCUACUGCUGCAACAACAACUGCUUCCUCUCCUGUUACAACUAUGGAGUCUAUUACCAAAGGACCUCAAGAAACAAGCACUUUGACUGCGGUUCCAAAAAAUAGCAUCAGACAUCGCAGGUCAAUUUCCACCUAUGCUCCUAAGAAGGUUGUCAGCCAGAACCUUCCUCUAUUGGUUGAGAAAUCAAACAUGACAACCGUUUAUUCUGGAAAUUUCACUGUUAUGGUAAAAGACAAGAGUGAAGAAGGUUUAUAUAAUUUGUACUUCCACAACUGUGCUAACUACCUGGGCAAGACACAGGUGGCAGUUGACAUUCAUGUCAAGAUUGUGGAGAAGAACGAUGAGAAUUAUUUAUCUGCUGGAGAGGAGCCUCUACCAUUUUUGUUUGGAAUCAUGGCUGUAUUGUUCUUUAUCACGGCCUGCUACUGGUUCUACAUACUCAGGCGAAACAGGGAAUAUACCUUCAAGGUGCAUUACAUGAUGUUUGUGCUGGUACUGCUCAAAUCCUUGGAUCUGGUGUUUGAGUCUAUCAACUAUCAUUUCAUUGGGAGGGAGGGCAUACCUAGCAGAUCUUGGGCUGUUAUGUAUUACAUCACACAUUUGUUGAAGGGAGCACUUUUGUUUACUACAAUUGUUCUGAUUGGCACUGGGUACUUCUUUGUCAAGCAUGUACUAACAGACAGAGACAAGAAGAUCUUCAUGAUUGUCAUCCCACUACAGAUAUUGGCUAAUUCCGCACAGAUUGUCAUGGACUCCACAGAAGAGGCAAAAAUUCAGUAUGCUACUUGGAAAGAACUGUUUAUUCUUGUGGAUUUGUUAUGCUGUGGAGCAAUCCUUUUCCCUGUUGUGUGGUCAAUACGGCAUCUUCAAGAGGCUUCAAAAACAGAUGGCAAAGCUGCUAUAAACCUGGCAAAGUUGAAGUUGUUUCGGCAUUUUUAUGUCAUGAUUGUAUGCUACAUUUACUUCACAAGAAUUAUAGUUUACUUGGUCAAGAUAACUGUGCCAUUCCAAUACAUGUGGUUCGAUGAGUUUUUCAAAAAUGUUGCUUCAUAUAUCUUCUUUGUCCUGACUGGGUACAAGUUCCGCCCUGAGCCAGACAACCCUUAUCUGCACGUGUCACAAGAGGACUCUGAUAACGAGAUGGAGAUGGAUGAAGUUGUGACAGCCCAAGGAUUUAUGGAAGGGAUCUCAAGGAAAAAUCCAACACUUAAGAACAGGGACACUUCUGGUGUUGCACACUUCUGAGCAUUGCUUGAAGAGUCUUUCUAUCUUAGAUUCUGUUGUCAAUGGUCUAGACUAAACAUAUUGAGCUUCCUUCAGCACUUGACUGGUCUCAAUAAGUGGUACUAGGUCAGAAAUUAUGACAUUUCCAUCAUUGCUGUUGAAAUAUAUAUUACAGUAAUAUCCUUUACAGAAACCCAAAAAUGGAUUGUUUAAAUAUGUUUGCAUACUUUUCAAGCUCCAACCAAUCACCCAAGUUCGGCUUUGAAUUUCGAUUUUAAAUGGCUUUAACUACAUUUUGGACACAAAAAUAAACAGAAACGUGAAUUACAGUAUUAUAGCACAGGGCGUAGUUCAGCUGGUUUACAAAUGCAAACUAUUAAGCAGUCGAUUGACAAUGCUUUGUGAUGAAAUGCAACGGAAAACAUAUUCUCAUGUGCCACCUUUCCAAUUUUAUUGUUUGUUAUUUUUUGCUGUCUUCAAGGUUAUUGUCUGUAAUAACCCAUGUACAAAUACAUUGUAAACUGUCCAUAACUUUGAUUUUUGCACUGUAAGACUUAAUUCAAUGUACUGUCAUGUUUGAGGACUCAACGAUCCUUGUUGGGACUCUAGUGGCCAUAGAAAAAAAGUUCUGGGACCAAAUGAAAGUUCAAACCGGCAUCCUUAGCCAUGGUAAUAGGUCACUAGAUCUGUAUAGGUACUUUUUCUACCUAAAUGCACACGUAAGAUUAACCAUCUUCUUAACUACCAACAAAGUCGUCAAUCAGAAGUGAACUCAUCCCCUCACAUUAGCAGGGUGGGGUCCCCAUCAUCCCCCCCCCCACUCUGGACAUGUGUCUCGACCAGUCAUAUGGUGUUUCCUGAAAAGACUUUGACCAAUGUUUUCUGCAAAUAAGUUUUAAUAUAUUUUAGAUUUCCUUCAAAGUCAAACUACCAGUAACAAACGAUUCCAAGUUGAGCAUUACUGUGCAGGCUGUGAGCUCAUGAAAGAAAAUAACACAGACCAAAAAUUAUCUAAUAGUUGAAGAUAUUUUUUGUUUUGUCUUUGUCUAUGAUAGUGUAGUUUUUUUCCAGAUGCAGAAACAGUAAUUCUUCAGGCAAUGUCAGAGUUCAAUGCUCCACUAAUUUCUCAGUGAAAUGUAAUGUUUUGAGUAGAGAAUAGAUGUAUAUAAUUACAAUUUACAAAGAAAAUUUUGAUGAAGUAUACAAAAUAUGUAAAAAAAAGAGAGAAUAAAAUUAUUUAUAAGCGUCUAUCAUGCUAAUUCGUGGUGACCUUUUUAGGUGAGGUGUAAUCUUUACUUUGUCCCCCCAUGAUGAAAAGAUCACCACAGAUUGGUUUAUUUCAGUUGAUCAUGACUUGUCAACAUCAUUGUGGUAGUAGCUUGUGUAAAAUCCAUUUAUGUGAUUAAAUAUUGUUCAUCAGUA